AUGAAGCGCGCAGGCUCUGGACGCGUUGCGCGCAAGGUGGGCGCCUACGACGACGACUCGGCCGACAGCGCAAACAGCUCGCAGAACGAAGCUCCGCAGCCCCUCUCCGUGGUGAAGCGCCCGGCGCUGGGCAAGGGCAAGGGCAAGAAGCGCUCGUCGCUGCGCAUUUCCUUUGGGCCCGCCGAGUCGGAUGCCAACGAGGGCGACGAGUCGAGCGAGGCCGGCGUGGCGACGCCCAAGAAGUCGAACCUCGGUCGCAUAGCGCUGGAGAAGAGUGCGCAGCUGCGCGCGAGGUCGCCGCUCGUGCAGGGCGCAGCUGUCUCGGAAGACGAGGGACGGCCGUCGUACAGCCAGGAGCACAUGGCCGAACUGCGCAGCUCCACGCCCACCACACCCCGCGACCUGAAGCCGUCUGCGGAAGAAGAGGCCGAGUCGCGAGCGCUCGACAUUGCCUCCAAGUUUGGCCCCAUUGCGACCCUGCCCGUCGACCUGCCCGUCGACCUGCCCUCCGCCAUCCCCUCCGCCGCCGAGAUAGAAGAGAAAAAGGCACGGCGAAAGCGCCUCGCACAGGAAGAACAAGCCUACGAAGACGACGCAGAGCGGCCGUGGGCCUCGGACGACGCGGGCUCAGACGACUUCCGGCAGCACCGCAACGACAUCUCGGUGCGGCCCAAGCAGAAGUACGCAGAAACGCGCCUCGUCCACGACGACGAAGACCUAGCCGAGGGCUUCGACGACUUUGUAGAAGACGGCCGCAUCGCGCUCGGCCGCAAGUCCGAGCGCGAAGCCCAGCGCAAGCGGCGCGCAGACAUGGCCGCCCUGAUCCACGACGCAGAGGGCUCCGGCUCCGGCUCGAGCGACUCGGACGACGAGCGCAACACGGCCUUUGCCGCGGCCCAAGCGCGCGCCGGCCGGUACGGGCACAGGGUCGACGACGGCUACGACGACUACGACGACCACCCAGACGGCACCAAGACGCCUCCGAGGAUCACGCCGCUGCCCGACCUCGACGACGUGCUGCAGCGCCUGCACGCCGACUCCGCCGCGAUGCAGCAGCGCCGCCAUCUGAUUCUGCGGAAACUUGAAGAGCUGAAGGCGGACAGGGUUCGGAUCGAGGAGCGGAAGACGUUCCUGCAGGAGCAGCUGCAGAAGACGGGGGACGAGUAUGAGAAGGCGAGGGUGGAGAGCGGGCUGCCUGCGCUGCCGGCGAGCGGGGACAGGAAACUGAUCACGGAGAGAGGGCUGGAGAGUCUGGGGACCACGCCUGUGGCUGGGCGGUCCAGUGAGGAGUCGGAGCCGUCCGAGUAG